AUGGCGGCCAUGGGGCCGAUAGUCGAUUCACGAAAGGCUGGCUCACGCCGCCUCCGGUGGACUUUCCGGCCACCAUAUGGGAGGAAGAAGGAUUUGAUUGCAUGCCCAGAUAAAGGUUGCUUUAAGAUCGAGCAUAGUGUUGUGAAAGCUAUAAUAGUUUCGUUCGUUGCAGUAAUGGGAUUAGUUCUUCUAGUUAUUCUUAUCAAAUUUGUGAGAAGGUCUGAGAGACGCAAAGAAGGCAAAUUGAUCAGUACAUGGUCAGGUCUCUAUAGAUUCUCGAAAGGAGAGAUUGAGAAAGCCAUAAAUUAUGGCAAUAGCAAGGUACACCUUGGUUCAGGAAGCGCUGGCCAAGUGUACCAGGGCAUCCUUCCAAGCCGGCAGCUCGUAGCAAUCAAGCACGUCUACAAGACUGCGAUGUCUGGUUCUUUCACGAGGGAAGUCGAAGGCCUCUCCAAAGUUCGACACCCCAACUUAGUCUCCCUCCUUGGCUUCUGUGACGAAAGAGGAGAACAAUACUUGGUUUAUGAGUACUGCUGUAAUGGAAACCUUGCCCAAAAUCUCUUGAGAAUCGACUCUGUUCUUUCAUGGGAUCAAAGAGUCAGGAUAUUAAGAGAUUGUGCACUUGUUCUGAGGUUUCUCCAUAAUCACCCCGAUGGUUGCAUUGUUCAUAGGGACAUCAAGCUAUCUAACAUUCUAUUGAUGGAGAAUAUGGAGCCGAAGCUUUCAGACUUUGGAUUAGCAAAGGUGUUCAACAUGGAGGAAAGCAAAGUGUUUACCGAUGUUAGAGGAACCAUCGGCUACAUGGAUCCUGAAUACAUGACAAAUGCCAGGCUCACUAGUGCCAGUGAUAUUUAUAGUUUUGGCAUUGUGACCUUACAAAUGCUUUCAGGGAGGAAGGUGAUAGAGUUGGAUAUUGCAGCACGAGAUACUCUAACAAGAAAGGCUAAGGAUGUGCAAAUGAAGAAACGACCGCUCAAAGAUUUCAUAGACCCACGCCUUAGAGGAGAGCUUAAUUUGAGGGACUUUGAGUCAAUUUUGAAUAUUGCAGUUCUUUGUGCUGCUGGUUCGAGCAAAGGUCGUCCCACAAUUAAGGAGGUCUUUGAAGAAAUGGAUAGAGCUUGGAAGAACACAAAACCCAAUAUGCUAGUUGCUGCUGCUGCUACCAGUGGGAAAGAGGUAAUGGACACCCACAAAGGCUAUGGGAGAGGAGGAGGCUCAUCUGUGUGUCAUGGCUCCAUCUUCGAGUGCCAAGAAGAAGUGGACUGGUUGCUAGAAUCGAUGGUCAAGAAAAUAGACUAUGGUGCGCUUCGAAGAGGAGAUGCGACAUGCAAAGUCGGCGGGCGGGGAGACAGUUCUGUUCAAAGUAUAUUUGUUAUAACGCGGUCUCAGUUCUCAUGA